UUGGAUUUUCUUCCCCUAAAAAGUUGAAUUUCGGAUGUUAUGAGAAACUUAGGGCUCGGGACUUUCACUUUGCCAAGAGAACUCAGCUUAAUUGCUCUCACAACGAAACGCGGCCGCCGCCGUCUUCGUCCCCGGUUGAUGACAACGAUCAAGGUCCGCCGCAGGAAGCUGUCCUCAAAGCAAUCUCAGAGGUGUCCAAGACAGAAAGAAGGGUUGGGCAAACCACAAAUGUGGUUAUUGGAGGUACAGUAACCGAAGAUUCUGCUAAUGAAUGGCUUGCAUUGGAUCAGAAGGUUAAUUCUUACCCAACGGUUAGGGGAUUUACUGCAAUUGGAACUGGUGGUGAUGAUUUUGUGCAAGCUAUGGUUGUUGCUGUUGAAUCUGUAAUUCAACAGCCUAUCCCUGAGGGUCAGGUGAGGCAGAGAGUAUCGUCAAGGGGCAAAUAUGUAUCAGUCAACAUUGGUCCUGUUCGAGUUGUUUCCGGUGAACAGGUUCACGCUGUUUACAAUGCUAUGAGGAGAGAUCACCGAAUGAAAUACUUUUUCUAGUGUUAUUCUCAUUCACAUUUUGCAUAUUAUAUCAUCCAUGGCUGCAUGGUAUCCAAUUCCUUCUUCCUCAUAUUCUUUUGUUCCCCUUAACCAGCGUUAGUCUUGUUUAUUUCUUUGAUUAACACAAAGCAAUGUAAUAGGCAAAGGAAACAUUGUUUGAAGUUUAUGUCUUCUCUAUUUAUGAUGUAUAUUUUCUUAAUCUAAUUAAUCUCAGUCUAGAUAGGAAACAACACAUUGCCUUCACCUUUCCCUUCCCUUUAUGGGACGAUAAAUAAUCAGGGAGGUU